AUGUAUGCUGACGAUAUGAAGAUUUUUGAGAGAGUCCCCACUAACCUGGGAUACGAAGCAUUACAAAGUUCUCUGAACAACAUUGGAGACUGGUGUCGUGCGAACGGAAUGGAGUUGAAUGCGACUAAGUGUGUUGUCUUAUCCUACAAACGUGGUGCUAAUACUUUCACCAAUGAAUACUAUUUAAACAGCACUUUAUUGAGGAGAGUGGAUAAGGUCAAGGAUCUGGGGGUAAUUAUGUCACCUUCUCUCAGUCCCCAGGAACACAUUCUACAAAUCAUCGCACAAGAGCUAACUCGUUAUUGGGGUUCAUAUUUAGAUCCACGAAACAUUUCAACUCACCAUACACUCUUGUCGUCUUGUAUAAGUCUCUGGUUCUCCCCUGUUCUGGAGUAUGGAUCGGUCAUUUGGUCGCCCUACCAAUUCAACCAUAUUGCCCAACUACAGGGUGUCCAGGAGCGCUUCAUCAGGAUGCUUGGCUCCAGGUUGGGUUUCACUUACCGCACAACUCCUAUAAGCGAAGUCGAAGUCGAGAGUCAAUUUAACCUCCUACCUCUACAUAGAAGACGUCAGCUCACGGAUCUGGUGACUCUUUUCAAACUGGUGAAUGGACUCCUUGACUGCCCAGGUCUCCUCAGUGGCAUUGACUUCUCCAUCUCAAGAGGAACUCGUUCGAUGACCAUCUUCCGUAGACGCUACCAUCCUACUUACUACGCUUACCACAGUGGUCUCUCUAGACUUCUUAGAACUGGAGGUGAUGCUGCUCCACAUGUUGAUUUCUUCAAUGAGACUGUCGCAUCCUUCAAGAGAAAAGUGGCUUCCCUUGUAAACAACUAA